AUGAGGUCACUACUUCAAACAACAUCACUGGCCUUGGGCCUAUGGGGGACUUCAGUCGGAGCCAUCGAUGUGACAUGGACCGAUGAGUCAUCUGUGAAGGAGGCUGCGAGUACAAUCGCCUACGGCCUGGUCAAAUAUUACACUGGUAACAACACUGGCGAUACGCCGGGUAACCUGCCAGACCCUUACUACUGGUGGGAGGCCGGUGCCAUGUUUGGUGCUCUCAUCGACUACUGGUGGCUGACCGGGGACUCUUCCUACAACAACAUCACCAAGCAGGCAAUGGUACACCAAGCCGGAGACGACGAAGACUUCAUGCCGACGAAUCAAACGCGAACUGAAGGAAACGAUGACCAGGGCUUCUGGGCCAUGGCCGCCAUGGCCGCCGCUGAGCGCAAUUUCCCCAACCCAUCAGAUGACGAGCCCCAGUGGCUCGCCCUGGCCCAGGCCGUCUUCAACGAGUAUACCAGCCGAUGGGACACAGCGCAUUGCGAUGGUGGAAUGCGCUGGCAGAUUUUUACCUUCAAUAGCGGUUACAGCUACAAGAACACCAUCUCGAACGGUUGCUUCUUCAACGUUGCCGCACGCCUUGCUCGCUACACCGGCAACGACACAUAUUCGGACUGGGCCUCCAAGAUUUGGAAGUGGCAGACGGAAAUCGGACUGAUUACGGACGCAUUCAAGGUCUACGACGGCGUGACCAUCGGCGACACCAACUGCAGUUCGACCGACACUGCGCAGUGGAGCUACAACGCCGGCAUCUUCCUCCACGGCGCCUCUGUCAUGUACAACAUCACCGAGAGCAGCACGUGGAAGGCGCGGAUGGACGGCAUGCUGAGCGACAUCACGAGCCUGUUUGUCAAGAGCGACGUCAUCUUCGAGCACUUCUGCGAGCAGACCGACCAGUGCAACCAGGAUCAGCAGAGCUUCAAGGGAUACCUGGGCCGCUGGAUGGCUGCAACGACGCAAAUGGCCCCCUACACGUACGACACCAUCUACCCGCUGCUGCUAUCGACGGCCAAGGCGGCCGUGGCGGUAUGCACGGGAACCGACUCCGGAUUCAAGGGCCACGCGGGCACGGCGUGCGGAUUCACCUGGCUGGAAACCACGUACGACGGCCUGGUGGGCGUGGGCUCGCAGAUGAACGCCAUGAAUAUGGUCAUGUACACACUCGUCGAGAAAGGGAGCGCGCCAGUGACGUCCUCGACGGGUGGAACUUCCAAGGGAGACAGCAAUGCGGGAAACAAGAACUCGGACGACGUGAACAAGAAUCAGAGAAAGAUCACGACCGCAGAUAGAGCGGGAGCUGCCAUCAUAACGAUUCUGAUGUGCAGCGGAGUCUUGGCCGGAACGGCAUUUGUGUUUGUAUAA